AUGACGAACAAACGACGUUUCGGCGACCAAAACUAUGUAAAAAUCAAGAAAUCGUGUAUUAAGAAAGGGCAUCUGUUUGUUGAUACUCUGUUUCCACCUACGAAUGCUAGCCUAUUCUUGGAACAAGGUCGAAGUUCAGAUAUUGUUUGGAAAAGACCAGCGGAACUGCAUGAUGAUCCCCAUCUGUUCGUGGAAGGUGCGUCUCCGAAUGACGUCACUCAAGGUAUACUUGGCAACUGUUGGUUCGUCUCCGCUUGUUCGGCUCUCACACACAAUCAGCAUCUACUAAACAGGGUAAUCCCAGAUGCAUUAGCACAAGAAUGGGAUCCAAAAAACCAGUACGCCGGGGUAUUCCGGUUUCGGUUUUGGAGAUUUGGCCGAUGGGUGGAAGUGGUCAUCGACGAUCUUCUGCCUACAAGAGAUGGUAAAUUGCUUUUUGCACGGUCGAAAACACCGAACGAGUUUUGGUCGGCACUUCUCGAGAAGGCAUUCGCCAAAUUGUACGGAUGCUACGAGAACCUCGUUGGAGGUCAUCUUUCCGAUGCUUUGCAAGAUGUGUCCGGCGGGGUUGCGGAAACCGUGAACGUAGCAAAAUUCCUCUUAAACGGAGAAGCUGCCUCUUCACACUUGUUGUUCAACAAUCUGAAGGAAGCGUUCGACAACGAAGCACUGAUUGUCGCUGCAAUUGCGGCGAAGACAAAGGACGAAAUCGAGCAAACGUUGGAUUGCGGCUUGGUGAAAGGUCAUGCAUAUGCUGUUACGGCAGUAAGAUAUGUGGAAUUGGAUGCGAAGUCUAAUUCAUUCAGUUCCCUAUUUGGUCAACAUGCUCGGAUACGCAUGAUUCGUCUUCAGAAUCCUUGGGGAGAGAAAGAGUGGAACGGCCCUUGGAGUGAUAAUAGCAAAGAAUGGGAACAAGUGACAGAAUCUCAGAAAACUUCUCUUGGAAUUACUGUAGAUGAAGACGGUGAAUUUUGGAUGCCGUGGAAUUCGUUCAUCCGGUAUUUUACCGAUAUUUCCUUAUGCCAAAUGUUUAAUACCAGUAUAUUUUCACGCUCUAAAAGGUACCACGAAGAGAUAUUUUACGGGGAAUGGACUACAAACGGAGCUAAGAGUGGUGCGCCCAACGACUUUGCGGGUGGCUGUCUUAAUUUCUCAGCGACAUUUUGUAAUAAUCCGCAGUACCUCUUCAAUGUGUCCGAACCUGGAGAAGUCAUGUUAGCGUUAACACAGAAAGAACCUAAUGAAGGUGUAAAACGACGUGAUCCCUACGUUACGAUUGGAAUUCAUGUCAUGAAGGUGGAAGAAAAUCGAGUUCACCGUGUUCAUCAGGUGAGGAAUGUCUAUGAAUGUCCCCUUUCACUGUCUACGGUUAAGCAGAAUUUUAAGGCAAUGGCACCAGCUGGAACAUCCGACUAUGCUAGUGCUCGGUCAGUAUUUCUUCACCUAAGAGAUGUUCCUGCUGGUAGGUAUAUUGCUUUGCCGACUACUUUCGCUCCAAGGGAAGAGUCCGUUUUUAUGCUGCGGAUCUAUUCUGAGCAUAAAAUCUAUCCUCGGGUUCUGAUGAAGCAUGCACCUUCGAAAGGUGUUUUCGGAUGUGGGCAACCUACCUCGAUUACUAGAAUCACAAUCAUUGCAGCUUUCUUGGAUCAAAUAAAAGAGGUGAACGCGUAUUGUAUCCUACAGACUGGAAACGACAAAGUACGCACAUCAUCUGUUAAGGGUAGAAAUCAAGUAUCGUGGAAUGAGCAGUUCAUAUUUCAUAGGUUAAAAAAACGCACUAGUUGUUUCAGAGCAUCGGCAAGUCGGAAUUUCUCUUUGGAACUUUGGGAUGACUGCUUGCUCACACGUGAUAAACUUAUUUCCCGUACAAGUUUUACUGCUCCAGUGGACAAUGAUACUCGCGAAGUUCAGUUGAAGUUAACUGAUACUUAUGGGAAAUCAGUUGGUAAUCUGAGACUCAUUCUUGCUACAUUUGAUGAUCCCAUGUACUUAUAG